UUUAACCCCUAAAGUCUCAGCCAUCUUCAUUGCUCUGAUUGUCCCAAUGAAUUCUCACAGAAUGAAAGAGGUUACGAGUGUCGAUCACUGUUGUUAGGAGUUAGAUGUUUACUCUCUGGAGCUGUGGAUUGGGACUCUAGCAUGUCUUCUUCCAGCCCUGAGAGUGAGAGCGACCAGUGCAACUCUACAGAGGACCUGACUGGUGCAGGUGGUCCACCGGACGGAGCUGAGUCUCCCGCUCAGCCCAGCGGAGCUGUCAUGCUGCCCAAAGCCGACACGGAAUCUUUGGGACUCGUUCGAUCGCAUGGAGAACAGGGGCACAUGCAAAGGAAUAUGCAAGCCCCCCACUAUAAAAUGAUGGACUACUCGUAUGACGAAGACUUGGAUGAGAUGUGUCCGGUUUGUGGCGACAAGGUUUCUGGAUACCACUAUGGGCUGCUCACCUGCGAAAGCUGCAAGGGCUUCUUCAAGCGCACUGUUCAGAACAACAAGCGGUACACAUGUAUAGAGAACCAGAGCUGCGCCAUCGACAAGACACAAAGAAAACGCUGCCCUUACUGCCGCUUCCAGAAGUGCCUUACCGUCGGCAUGAAGCUGGAAGCUGUUAGGGCUGACCGCAUGCGUGGCGGCCGCAACAAGUUUGGCCCCAUGUACAAGCGCGACCGGGCACUCAAGCAGCAGAAAAAGGCACUGAUCCGUGCCAACGGCCUGAAGAUCGAGGCCAUGACCCAGGUGAUGCAGGCGGUGCCCACCGACCUCACCAUCUCCUCGGCUAUCCAGAACAUCCACCAGGCAGCUUCCAAGGGCCUGCCGCUCAGCCACCAUGGUCACCCGCACCACGCCGCCCUGCCCCACACAGACUACGACCGCAGCCCCUUCGUCACGUCACCCAUAAGCAUGGCCAUGCCCCCCCAUGCCGGUUCCCUCCAGGGCUACCAGGCAGCCUACGGCCACUUCCAGAGCACCCGCACCAUCAAGUCCGAGUACCCGGACCCGUACACCAGCUCGCCCGAGUCCAUCAUGGGAUACAACCCGUAUAUGGACGCGUACCAGACGGGUUCGCCGCCCAGCUUCCCUCACCUCAUAGUGGAGCUGCUGAAGUGCGAGCCUGACGAGCCCCAGGUGCAGGCCAAGAUCCUGACCUAUCUGCAGCAGGAGCAGGCCAGCCGGGGGAAGCACGAGAAACUCAACACGUUCGGCCUAAUGUGCAAGAUGGCCGACCAGACGCUGUUCUCCAUCGUGGAGUGGGCCCGGAGCAGCAUCUUCUUCCGCGAGCUCAAGGUGGAUGACCAAAUGAAGCUCCUCCAGAACUGUUGGAGCGAGCUCCUCAUCCUCGACCACAUCUUCCGUCAGGUGAUGCACGCCAAGGAAGGCUCCAUCCUAUUGGUCACCGGCCAGCAGGUGGAUUACGUUGUAAUUGCCUCCCAAGCCGGAGCCACUCUCAACAACCUGAUGAGCCACGCCCAGGAGCUGGUGGGCAAGCUGCGCUCUCUGCAGCUGGACCAGAGGGAGUUUGUCUGCCUCAAGUUCCUGGUGCUGUUCAGCUUGGACGUGAAGAACCUGGAGAACUUCCACCUGGUGGAAAGCGUCCAGGAGCAGGUGAACGCUGCACUGCUGGACUAUGUCAUGUGCAACUACCCGCAGCAGACAGACAAGUUUGGUCAGCUGCUCCUGCGGCUGCCUGAGAUCCGAGCCAUCAGCCUCCAGGCCGAGGAGUACCUGUACUACAAGCACCUGAAUGGAGACGUGCCCUGCAACAACCUGCUCAUCGAGAUGCUACACGCCAAGAGAGCCUGAUGAGACUGCAGGCGGGAUGCUGGACCCUGAACUAGUUUUUGCAGUUUUGUUUGUUGAGACUCCAGCCCUUACCCGACUCAGAACAAACUCUGCCCAUGUUAGAGCUAGACUUUGUGAUUCUGGGGCGGGAAGCAUCAGUCCUUUUCCUUCAUCGUAAUGAUCAACCAUCCUGGCACACAAACAGGAAAAAACACAUGCAGAAACUGACACCCACUUACAAAUGCUGUGUAUGCACACACACACACACACACACACACACACACACACACACACACACACACACACACACACACACACACACACACACACACACACACACACACACACACACACACACACACACACACACACACACACACACACACGUUCAAAUUCACACAAUACGCAUAUUACAUAUACACACACACAUCCCUUUACUCUAAGACAGGUGUGUCUGGGGCCCUGGGUAAAGCUGUGAGAGACGGUGUAAACUGUACAUUGGACUCUGUACAUGGGAGAUCAUUUUUUUCUGCUUUUAAUAAAAACACAAACCAUCAAGGUGAUACAAGGACUAGCAGACUGUAACUAAAGUAACAAACAAGCAAACCAUUAGUAUUCUGCACCUCCCAUACUGUUGAAGGGUUUUGAGCAAUGAAGAGUGCCAGCCACCCUAUGAUAUCUGUGGUGAGGGUUUCAGAAGAGAGCAGUGACUUUGGCCAAAGGCGUGUGGGUGGUUCGCUCUCUUUAGACUGGCCCAUGCUUUUCAGUGUUGGUACUGUAUUAGCUGACUGCAUUGGCCAGACCAGAGCACUGUCAGCUGGACAAGAGUCUCUUUAGCCGGCUUCAAAGAAGCUGCAUGGCUAACAGGCCGGCAACGAAGAACGGCAACGAAGAACGGCAACGAAGAACUGGUGAAAAUGUCAGAACCUGACAGAGACUCGAGUGCAACCCCAGUCACCAAAAAACAGAUGAACAAAAUUAAUUAAAACAUGACAGAACAAAAGAAGAGAACAAAAAAACUAUUUUUGAAAACAUUAGUUUUUUCCUCCUCUUGGUCAUUCUGAGGCUCCUCUUUGUAAUCCACCCUGUAACCACCCCAAGAGGAUCUCAUAUCAACAAUGUUUACCAUUUACCUCAGUAAAAUGUGUUUUACACACCAUAGAUAAGUUAUUUGAAUGUUCUACAUGGCUAUUUUAUGGUUGCAUAGACAGAUAUGGAGUGUGAUCCUCCCCCAAAAAUAUGUAUCCCUUUCGUUAGAACUGGAAAGAAAGCAUGACUUUAGAUUUGAGAAACGCUGCCUUUUGUCCGAACAGACCAAAGCCUGCUGCAGAACAACAUCAAACAAAAAAAGUAACAAAACCUUAAGUAUCAGUAUUAUACAUUUGUGAUGUCACAGUUAUUGUGAGUCUUGCCUUAUUUCAUUACGAUGCUAGCUAACCGUGCAGAUGUGAAUGAAAAUAUGUACAAAUAUAUAUAUAAAGUAUUACUGUAAAAAAAUAAAAACAAGAAUAAUUCAAGUGGUGUUUACAUUCAAGCGGUCCUGUGGGAGAUAACUGUGACAAGGCAAAUUGCAAAGCAAUGAUUUCCUAAAAAAAACUAAAAACACAAAAUUGAUUCCUCUGGUUUGCUUUCUUUGGCGUGUACAGUGUUGAACUUUUUUCUUUGUUUCUUUGACCAGUACUUAAUUAUGUCGUGAGACACUAAAAUCAAAAAGGAAUCUCACUUAAAACAUUUAAUUUCUAACAGUUUUUCUGUUGGCAUUCAAAAAAUGUGCAUAUUGUGUUAGAGUUCAGUUUCAGACACUUGCUUUAUUUAGAAUUGUUUUUCGAUGUUCUAGCUUUCAAUGUAUGUCACUGGUUACGCUUAAAAAUGAAAAUAAUUUAUUGCGUCUUGGGGCUCUAUUCAAUUCGUAGGGCUGAAGAUCCGCUUCAUAGCACAAAUGAAAUUAAAGGCAACGUUCCAGCGGUCACGGUAAAUGCUGCAUAUGUAGGCUCAAUCUGAAAUGACCUUUCAAUUUUAACGCAGAACUUCCGCAAUACUUUGGCGAUACAGAUUGAAUCCAGCCCUGGGUUUUGUUCUUGUGUGUUAUAAGCGCAAGGUGACAAGGCCAAAUAUAUUUGUUUACUGUUGCAUGUUUUUUUUAAAUGUAUUGAUGCAGUUCAGGAACAAAACAAUUAUCUUAGAAAUUAUCAAUAUCAUUUUUUUUUUUUUAUUACAUGUCUAUGGGAUUCUGAGCUGUAAAUUGGAAAAAAAUAUAAGUAUUGUAUUUAAGUUAAUGGGUGUGAUUGUUACUGUCCUUGCAUCAGUUGUUUCUUGUCAUUGAAUUUCAACUAGCUUCACAUUUCAGCCCUGUUUGUUUGAUACCAAAGACUGCAUCUGUCCCGUGAGCUGUGGUUACCUGUGAUGUGUUAUAACUGAAUGAACAAACAGUCGUCCCCCCCCCACAGCCAUCCAGAAGUUUGCCAUUCUGUAAUGUCCUUUUGUGGAAUUACAUUGUUGUCUUACACAAAUAAGGCCCCAAACAUUUGCGAUAUAUAUAUAUAUAUAUAUAUAUAUAUAUAUAUAUAUAUAUAUACAUACAUACAUACACACACACACACACAUAUAUAUAUAUAUAUAUAUAUAUAUCAGUCCGCCUGUCUACAUUUUGUAAGUCAUCUAUGUCAAAACGGAUCAAGGGCUCGAUUCAAUCAGUAGCGCUGAAGACCUGCGCUACAGCGCAAUAGAAAUGUAAAGGCAUUAUUCCCGCAUUCGCGGAGACUGCAUUCACGGUAAACGCUGCAUAUGUCAGCUGAAUCGGAACCUUCAAAUUUCAAUUGCGCUACAGCGCUGCUCUUCAGCGUUAUGGAUUGUGUUGAAUCACAAUUAUUUUUUACAGCAUUGAACCUGUGCUCGUUCCUUCCCUUAUAAUGUACACUUCAAAACCAUCACAUCAUCCACUUCACAUUCGUCUGUGAUUCAAAAAUAUUUUUUGUAUCUUCAGUACAUACAUUUCUGCUUUUGUAAAUGUUAGUGGUUGGUUAAAUAAUUGAUUCAGUAUCCAUUCUGAACAGUGCGUUUUAUUAAAGACGGAAAAAAGCUA